GACUAUUAACAAUUUCCUGCAGGGAGGUGCGGUUAUCACUCCCCAAAUCUCCAGUGCUCACCGGAGCUCGGGACACUCGAGCCACAGGCGCACAAUGGACUGAUACUCUCAGAGAGAUAAUCGGAACCAGCUGUGAAACCUCCGAAACAACCCAGUGACUUUUCGUUUGAGUCACCUUUUAACUCUCUGGACGUCCAGCCCUCACCAGAUAGCAGGAAUGAUUCAGAGGAAGGAGGUUGUGCUGUCUGUUCUCAGGGAGCUCCAGGAGGCCACAGAGAGCCCUGGCCUGGAGGCUCUCACUGGAGUUGCCCUGGAGGUGGAUCAGGUCCUUGCUCCCUUCCAGCUACCCCUGACUCCUAGUCAGGAUUUUCCUGACUGGGCAGGUGUAGAUGACACAGCUCAUGGCCUGUACCCAGAGGAUGCACCUGUCGGCCUUCUGCCUCUAAACAUCAAGGGAGAAGGGAACCUGCUGUUUGAUGCUGUUAGCACGCUACUGGUGGGCAGCACUGUGCUUAGCUUGGAACUACAGGUACGGACGGUUUUGGAAAUGGUGCUGUGGAAGAGAUACUACCUCUCUGGGAUGAUUGACUCAAAAAUGAUGCUUCAGGCAGUGCGCUUUAGUCUCUGUGCUGAAGAGUCUGAAGAAAUGCUCAACCUUCCUGCAACAGUCCUGGAGGCCAUCUUUGAUGCUGACGUCAAAGCAUCUUGCUUCCCUGGCUCCUACGCCAAUAUGUGGCAUGUGUACGCUCUGUCAUCUGUCCUAAAGCUUAACAUCUACUCCAUUUACCCCAUGUUCAACCUCAAGAUCAGACCCUACUUCAACCGUGUCAUACGUCCAAGGACCUGGCCUAAAGACUCUGAGCCACUAACCCUUCAUGUCAUGUGGUCUGGUGAACUGCAGUCGGAGUCAUUGUUCCGGCCCAAUCAUUUUGUUGCCCUGGUCGAAGCAAGUGACCUCGGAUUUGGAAGCCCUGAAAGUGAGGAGAGGGAGUCGCCGAUUAAGAGUGAGGAGAUGAUGAACCCAGACUCGCAGCUCUGUUACCCCAGUCUGAAAGACAAGUACAACAUCACCAAGAGGACCUUCUACCGCUGGAAGAGGCAGACGCAGGAGCACUGCAAGAAGUCAGCAGCCAGGUACGAGGCAAAGUAUUUCCUUCAGGCAUGCUACUUGGAGGGCAAACUCAUACCUUUGCACCAGUUCAAAGAGUUCUUCCCUGAGAUCUCGAGGUCGUCUUACUACAACUGGAAGCAUGAGCUCAUAAAAUCUGGGGGAACCUUCUCUGCUUCAUCCUCCACUGGAGAGAUUAGUCCUGGAGAGAGCACUGAACAAGAGGUCUGGUCAUCCCCUGAAGCAAAGCAGGAUGAGCCAGACCACCACGACAGUGUUGCCAGUUUGUUUGGCCUCAGCAUGGGAAAGCCGGAUGUGGAACGUGCCCAGAAUGUAGCCAAUAUGCAGGAAGCGAAACGCUGUCUGCAGAGCUGCAUUGUAAUGAAUGGCUCUCUCCCAUUCAGGGUCUUUAAAAGAAAUUUCCCAGGGAUCUCCAGAUCAACCUACUACAACUGGAGGCGAGAAGCCUUGGUGUACAACAGAGGGUACAAAGGCAGUACUGGCAGCAGCGAGGACAGCUCAGAUGCCGACAAGAGCCAGAGUCCAAAGAGCCUGUCACCGCUUCUACCCAACAUUAACAAUCAAGCCAUACCAAGAGUGAGGAUCUGCAGGCGCAGACAUAAAAGCUUCAGACAGGCGUAUUUAAGCAAAAAACAGCUCCGGGAGGCAGCCAAGAUACAUGUGCAGAGGUCAAAAUGGUCUCUGACGAAGUUCAAGCUCAAGUUUCCUUCAAUGUCGCCUUGUUUCUAUUGGCUGUGGCGUAACAGUCAGAACCGCAAGAAGAAGAUGGCCACACCAAGUCCAGAGAUCAACUUUUCAAGUAGUCUAGAGAACCCUGCUGUAACUGAAAAUCCAACAGUGGAAAGCAGGGUGGCAUUUCAGCCUGGGCUUCCAUUCGUUGAGAAUCCAAAAUAUCCAGAAAGUCCUCCCAUGCCUUCACUAAAUGCCCUCCCCUUACAUUCAACGCAUGGCUUUCAAAGCAACUGUCCAAGCAAGGCGGUAAUGGAUGAGCAGAUGUUUGCAAUGGAUGUGGUCGCUCUGGCCAACUUUAAGGCCAAGGCUAAGCUCUUCCUGCAGCAGCGCUUUGAGCAAAAAUCCUUCCCCACGUUCAAGGAAUUCAGGUCCUACUUUCCCUACACCCCACGAUCAACAUACUACAUGUGGAAGCGCGCUUUGUAUCAUGGCGUGUCCCUGGUUCAUGGCUAAAUGCAGAGCCAUUUGAUCCCUUGAAGACAGGCUUUCUGGAGCAACACAACAGCUUUGUAUAAGAACUUCUCACUCAGCCAAAACCCUUAUGUUUCAGGCUGUUCUUUUUUCUUUUUUUAUGGGAAACAUACUACCUCCAUCUUGUUAACUUCAUGUUUUCAUGUUCCUAAAGACACUUGCUUAGCAUUUAAAUGCUUCAUGUCCUUCCUCUACCCCUCCACCGCAGCUCAUUCUUCCCUCCUAGACAUUUGCACAUGUGUGAAAAGAAACUAAGUGCUGGGUCAGUUUAAACCCUGCAUGUUGCCCUCCAGGCAACAGGCAGUUCAAAGCUAGAGUUUGAAGCUGUUUCUCAUCUUGUUCUGCUCCCUUUUUAUCUUUGAGAAGCAAUGAACAUAGGGUCCUUUGGUUUUACAGUUUUAACUGUAGGAGUUUUUAAUGCUGAAAUGUAUGUUUUUUGUUGUUGUUGCGUGGCGUAUAGAUCUGGGAGAGACAGGUUUUGUCUUUUUUUAAUAUAGUGAAAUGUAAAAAGUGGUCACUAUUGUUUUUUUUUUUUUCAAAUUUACCUCAUGAUCUUCAGUCUUUUCGGUUUUUCUCCUUAUGAUUAUUGAAUGUAUACACUCCAGGGAUUCACUUUAGUGCACAAAAGUUAAAGGUUGUUGUUGUUUUAAGAGUUUGCUACUUUUACAAAAUACUUUCAAACAGCCUGUAUUCCUCUGGCAGUGAACAAUAUCCAAACUGUGAAUUUUGUCACAUUUUAAUUGCACUAAGAAAGUUCCCUUCACCCUCAUGAAUGUAUUAUUCCUUUGUUGCAGUUUCCCCAGUCCUUCCAUUUCAAUUUUUCGAGAAUGUUUACAUCCUUUUUUACUUGAAAAUAUGAACAAAUAUAUUUUAUUUUUUUUAUGAUCCUUGCCUUACCCACAGAACUACCUAUGUAUUUGUAUUAUUGCUCAGUAUUUGCCUUCAUAAGCUAUUAUGUCUGCUAUUGUCUCUCAGUAAAUGAUUUUUUUUUACACAGACAAACAUGUUUGCUUUGCAUUUAUUGUUCCCAAUCACAAGAUGUCAGAAAUUAGUGAUGUGGUUAAUUAUUGAGUAAGGGAAUCUGUGCCUAUAGGUUUUAUAUCCAUAAACCAGUCAACCAGUA